AAUUAAUUCAAACCAGAAGUCCUGGGUGCUUGGUGUGCUGACAUUUGAUAUCAAAUAUGCAGGACUUGCCAUUCAAACCAAAGUACCUUGUGACCUUCACUGUUGGAUAUGCAUAGAAAGAAAAUAUAAACAGAGCAAUGAAGAAGCAAUAUCCAAGAGUAUAUUUGACAAAUUCUGGUUCCCAUCCAACUCUAGUUAUAGUUAAAGAGUCAUGGUCACCAUUUCUCCUUGGCAACAAUGUAGCUUCUGGUGAGAUUGGGAGAAACACCAGUCGCUCAGAUCACCUCUUUGAUUCUUUGAGAUUUUCUUUGUUGACCGAGGCUAUGGUUGAAGCAUCGAAUGACACAGGUGCUAAUAAUGGGCUUAAGCAUAUAGAGAACAUGGUGCUGUUCCAAUAUCUCGUUCGCACACUUGAGGCUGAUUUUGUACCUCGUCAUAUUGCAUAUAAAGAGUCAUUAGACUGGGUGAUUAUCAGGGAAUCUGUUUUAAACGUGCUUCUGGGAUCGCGAAAACUGGUAUUCAAAAUGUUUGUCAAGAACUGCAUAUCCCUUCUGAACCAACAUCAGCGGGAAGUUGAAGAUGACAUAUCUUCUAAAUCAGCAUCUGAUUUAGAUUCUUCCUUAACCUUUCCAUUGGUUGAGUUUGAAAGAGAAGCGCUUAUAUCCGUGAAAAAACUUUUCAUUAUGGUUAUAAACCUUGACUUGAUUAGGAAAGAAGCAGACAAAUUGGGCCUGACUUCAAGGGCUGAUGGCCUCAGGAAUCCUAUCCUGGAAGUUAUUCUAGAGGAGCUAACUUACAACACAAUCUACUUAUCCCCAUUUCUUUUGGCCUUCACGGAGUGGAAGUGGAAAUUGCAGAUUAUCCUGCUGUACUUCUCAAGAUAUUGCUCAUGGUCUGCAGUACGUACUCGGAGGUCAGAUAAUUCUCAACAAGAUUUGACAGUGGAAAGCGCUCUGAGUAUGUUUUCAACAGAAGCAAGCGCAAAGGCCAUGGUUAAGAUGAUGUGUCCAGAAGUUGCUCAGCUUCUCUUAGCACAUGCAUACCAGGUCUGCCUAUCCGUUGAUGGUGGUUCUAGCGAAGCUAAUGAUGCAGCAAAAAUGAUGGGAGCGUCUCUUCUCGAGAUAUCUUGCAAGUUUGUGUUGGCUUUCCAGAAUCUGAGAAAAAUCAACACGAACAUUCAGAUUUCACAGUUUGAGAAAGAAGCUUUGUUCACUGCAGCGACGCUGACAAGAAAACUGCAGAAUGAGUGAAGAUUGGAGACCUGAAGUAUUCAUUUUGGAUUUUGGAGACUUGGAAGCGAUGGGAUCAAAUGGUUUAUCUUAAGAGAACGAUGGAUCUUUGUCUCGUCUAUUGUACGGCAAAGUUUGUUACCUGUGUAUAUAUAUUUCGGUUAUCUAUUUCCUCUGUAGUAGAGUAUCUGACCCUGACGUAAAGAACUGAAGCAUCUGGGCUGCUCAUCUCGGGGCAGAUAUUAAAUUCACUUGGUUUUCUGCUCGGCAAAUAUGUACUACUAAAGAAUGCAGGUUUCGUCUUAGAUGGUAACCAAGCAAACCAGCCCGGGUGUACUAGAAGAGGCUGAAAUCUAGGGCCUUUUGUUGUUAGCCCUGAGAGCAAGG